AGUCCCAUACUGCUCUGCGCCCGCGCACAUUACGCCAGAGCAAGAUGGCCGACACGGCGGCCACUGCCGGGGCCGGUAGCUCCGGAACGAGAUCAGGAAGUAAACAAUCCACUAACCCUGCUGACAACUACCAUCUGGCCCGGAGGCGAACCCUUCAGGUGGUUGUGAGCUCCUUGUUGACAGAGGCAGGGUUCGAGAGUGCUGAGAAAGCAUCCGUGGAAACAUUGACAGAGAUGCUGCAGAGCUACAUUUCAGAAAUUGGGAGGAGUGCCAAGUCCUACUGUGAGCACACAGCCAGAACGCAGCCCACACUGUCAGACAUCGUGGUCACGCUUGUUGAGAUGGGCUUCAAUGUGGACACUCUUCCUGCUUAUGCGAAACGGUCUCAGAGGAUGGUCAUCACUGCCCCUCCAGUGACCAAUCAGCCGGUGACCCCCAAGGCCCUCACUGCAGGGCAGAACCGACCCCACCCGCCGCAUAUCCCCAGCCAUUUUCCCGAGUUCCCUGACCCCCACACCUACAUCAAAACUCCGACGUACCGUGAGCCCGUGUCAGACUACCAGGUCCUGCGGGAGAAGGCUGCAUCCCAGAGACGAGAUGUGGAGCGGGCACUCACCCGCUUUAUGGCCAAGACAGGCGAGACCCAGAGUCUUUUCAAAGAUGACGUCAGCACGUUUCCAUUGAUCGCUGCCAGGCCUUUCACCAUCCCCUACCUGACGGCCCUUCUUCCAUCGGAGCUGGAGAUGCAGCAGAUGGAAGAGACAGAUUCCUCGGAGCAGGAUGAGCAGACGGACACAGAGAACCUCCCUCUUCAUAUCAGCACGAUAAAAGAACAGGAUGUCAGUAUGCUGAUGGGAUGAUCUGGUAGAGAGGAAAAGUGGAUGCAGGAGAGAAAGAAACAUUUUGGAUUGAUGUUCUUUGGUAGGUGAGAGGUAAGGGCUCUAGGGGCCAGGGCAUGGUGGAGGGGUUUGUCUUGUUAGAGGCAUUUCACUCCCGGGGGAGGAGACCAAGUGUGCGAGCACACAGACCGAAGCGGGUGAGUCGUUCUCGUCAGAGCUCAUGGAUGUUCUCAUCUGAGUAUCAAGGUGUUGUCCUCAGCACGUGCAAACCCCACUCGUGUUUCUGCAUCUUUUUGAGAAAGUUGCCAAGUACAGCUACAGAGCUGCUAGAAGCUGAAAUGCCUCUAAGGCUUGUGGGACCCUGUGGUCCGCUUACCAUAUUCAUCCAUCCUUUAAGGCCGGCCCUGGCUUUGAAGCAAAGGAUGCCUUGGUAGUUAUCAUUGGACCAAGCAUUCUGCACAUUCUCCAGGGUUCCAUGCGGCAGGUGGCAGCCAGCAGCCCCAGUAUGCGGGUGAAACGCAACCUGUGCUGUCUUCUGUUAUUUGCCGGUGGGCCUCCUUGCUUGAACACAUGUCUCUUUAAUGUUGGAUUAUUCCUUUCUGAAUUAGGGCUGGAAGCCCAUGGCUUUACCUAAAGCAGAGGACCUUGUUAUUCUCCACUUCUGUUUUGGACUCAGUUAAUUUGGUCUGCGAUAUGGUGAUGUGGUCGUGGACUCAGAUGAGUUUCACGUUAUGAACAGGAGGCAUCCUCUAAGCAAAACCACCAUCCCUUUGUAAGUACAAAGUAGCUAAAGGGUCUGCAGAUAUGUGACUGGACACCGCAGGUGGUGACAGAGGUCAGGUCAUGGCCAUGAAUGAGCUGAGGCUACAGGAACACGGGAGCUGCAGUAGGACUCCAGGGUGCCGAGAGGCCAAGCCAGACGGCAGAGAGGAGGAAGAGCUGACCCUCAGAGUCACGCUGGCCUGGCCUCCGAUCCAGACGGCGCUGCUUUCCAGAUAACUUGACCUGGGUGGCAUUCCCUAACAUCUGAGUCUGUUUCCUCACAAGUACAAGCAGGAAUAGGAAAACCUGUCUCAGCAGCGUACAUUGGGUGCCUAGCUGACGGCUCCCUCCCCCAGCCUCCCACCGUUUUAGGCUGUACCACCACCUGCUCUUCUAAUAAAAAUAAAUAAAUAAAAAGACCUCAAGAAAAGGAUCCCAGCAACAACAGAUACACAGUUGAUUGGACUUACUCCUGUUACUCUGUUGAAUGGCAAUACAAUCCUAUGUUUCAAAAUUCACAAUGUAGAAAGAAGUGUAUGGCCACCCUCCUUUACCCCAUCCUUGUUCCCUGUCAUCCGCUUCCCCGCCUCCCAAGCCGCCAGUGUUCCCAGUCUUUUGUGUAUCCUCCCAGAGACACAGUUUCCUCCUUGUUUUAAACACAAAUAGCAAGUCACAGUGUUCCCUUUCUUGGUGUAUCUUGGUGAUCAUUCCAUAUGUGUAUGUCGGGAGCCUCUUCGGCCCUCCUUAGGCUUUCAUUGUGUUCCACUGUGUAGACGUAACCAUAGGACCUGACCAGCUCCGUGUAGACGCUUAUGUUUUCUAUCUGUGCUUUACAGACAUCGUUAACAGUGAAUUAAAUAACUGCUAUUUUAAAUUACUCUUUUACCUACCAAUGGCAGCACCCUUUUCAAGGACUGUUGCUAGGUGGUUUACUUUGUUUAAUCCGGUUCCGGUUUCUCCAUGUACUUGAACAUAAAAGGACUAUUCAUUUUAAAUUAUGUGUAAGAGAAUUUUUUCCCCUUGUAUAUUUGAACUAGCUGCCUUCUCUGAUAAUACCCAUAUCUAAACUUGGUGCUCCUUUAUCAACAAUGUACCAUUCAUUCACUCAACAAGUAUUUAGUACCUGUAUGUGCUAGAUACCGUUCUGGGUGCUUGGGAUGUCUCAGUGAAAAGAACUAAUGAAACAUCUGUCUUUUGGAAGCCUGUGUGUUGGCCAGGGUGGGAGGAGGGGAGAAACAAUGAAUGUAAUAUAUAAAUGAAUCAUCUACAGUAUAUUAAAGAUGCAGAUGCUGUUGGGGCAAGGGGACCAAGGAAGGGGAAGAUCCAGGGUGAAAGAUGGAAGUUUCAGUUUUAAAUAAGGUAAUCAGGGUAGACAUCACUGAGGAGACAUUUGACAAGAGACUUGCAGGAAGUAAGCAAGUGAACCAUGUGGAUAUCUGGGGAAGAGCAUUCUGGAAAGGGAGCAACCAGUGCAGAGGCGCUGAGGAACAACCCAGAGGUGAGUUGGACUGUGGCUGAGGGAGGCAGUGGGAGGGAGGCUGAGGUCAGGUCAGUUAAGAUCCUGCAGUCAGCUCUCAGAACUGGCUUUUAAUUGGGUGAGUGGGAGUCGUGGGAGGGUGUGAAAUGGAGGAGGGACAUACCAGAACUUCCUUAAAGAUCUCGGGCUGUGGGGGAGGUCAGUUAGGAAGCUGUUGUGGUAGUCUUGAUGAGAGCUCUUGAGGGUCCAACAGGGCAGCUGCAGUAGAGAGAGCAGAAGUGGUCAGAUUCUACCCGUAUUUUGAAGGUAAGGCCACGGAGUUAUCCUAACAGAUUUGGUUGUGAGAGUCUGGGAGAGAAGAGCAAGCGUGACGGUGGAGUUGGCUGGAACGACUGGAAGGACGGAGUCACCUCAGGAAGGGCUGGAGUUUCGAUUCCGGCACGGAAGUCUGAGGUGCCUCUCGAGGCCCGGUGGAGAUGUUGAGCGAGCAGGUGGCUAUGCAAGCCUGGGAGUCAGGAGAGAGGUGAGGGCAGAGAGGUGCCUGCAGCAGUGGUCAGGAUAGAAAGAUGGCAUUGGAAACUGUGAGGCACUGCAGUCACCUGGGGUCAUGGGGGGCUUACCAGAGUGCACACACUCUGGCCUUCACAGGCCUGGGGAGCUUCUCACAGACUCUUCUGCUCCCACCUUUUUCAAGCAAAUCUCCAUGAGUUUGGCAUUUUACUUUUAUCUACUCCUGUCCCUCCUGUAUCUCAAGGCUGCCUGUCCCUGAAGGAGGCAAGAAAGUGGCCAUUCCAGCUCUACUUGGGAGAAGAGAAGCUGUUGUCCCAUGACUCAGGACCCACAUCCUGGCCUUGUGAGACAAGUGAGCCAAACAAAGGAAGCCUAGUGCCCUCUGGCAGAGCUCCCAGGGCUGGCUUUUUUGUGCCCCUCACUGUCCCUCCCCUCCUUAUUAUCUCAGGAAACACUUAAGUUGUGGUUGAAGGAACUUGCCACUACUUUAAGACAGGACAUUUCCGGUAGAGAAAGGACAGCAGGGAGGUAGGGGUGAGUUACUAAACCAACCCAUUAACAACUUCAGAAAAAUUGGGAGCCAAAUAUCCCAGGGAGGUCUGGUCGUCUGGCAUGAGCUAGGUUAGCCUGGGGGCAUUCCCUUUUAAGAGAGCCUCCAGAAGGUCCGCAGUGGUUCUAGGUCACUUUGUGGGAGAGGGAAAACACAGGGACCCUGGAUGGAACUGGGUUUGGCGGGAGAACAGAAUUGGCGGGGUGGGGGGGGUUGGGGAGUGGAAACUAGAAGGGAGCCAGUUUCUUCAGGCUCGCUAAGCCUGAGACAGGAGUCCCUGAACGGCCUGCUGUCCCUUGUGAGGGAGCCUGCUGUUCCUGUCAUCCAGUCACAGUGUCCUCUUCUGCCCUGCUGUCUUUGGACAACAGAAUCUCCUGGUUGAGGUCAGGUCCUCUUUUGCCUCAAUUACUAAACAGGAAUCUCAGUGACAGGAGCCGUGGCCUGUCACCAGGGGGCGCAGCCCAAUCAGCUGCUGCUGGUCACUUCUAGCCCCUCAGGCCUGAGCUUCUAGGUCAAGGCCUUGGUGUGAUUUUUCUCCCCCUUCCCCAGCAGCUUCUGCUCAUUUUAAAAAACUUGGAAAAUAAAGGAGGG